AUGAGCAGAAAUAUCAAUAUUCCCCCAAGAAUUGGUAAUGGCACCACCCAAGCUUGCGCUGCUUGCAAGUACCAGCGCAGGAAAUGCGCUCCCGACUGCAUUCUCGCCCCUUAUUUUCCUCACAACCGACUGCACCAAUUCCUCAACGCCCAUAAAUUGUUUGGUGUUAGCAACAUUACCAAGUGCAUCAAGGACCUUGAUCCUCCUCACAAAGACGAAGCCAUGAAAACCAUUAUCUUCCAAUCAGACGUACGUGCCAAUGAUCCUGUUGGUGGUUGUUACAGAAUCAUAUGCGACCUUCAACGCCAGAUUGAAUAUAAUAAAGCUGAACUUGAACUUGUUCUUCAACAACUAGCUCUAUGUCAUGCACAGGCUCAGGUUCAGGCUCAGCAGCAACAACAAUCAAUCAACAUGAACCUUAAUGUCACCGUGGAGUCUGAUGAUUCGACGCGCGACUGUCAUGAGAUGGUUCACAAUGUAGUGGAUCCUCUGAACAUGCAAUAUUACUAUCUUCAGUCAUUUCAAGAUCAGACCCAACAGAAAAUGCAAGACCAAGAAGAUAUGGGUGUGUGGGCAGCUGCCUUGCAGGAUUCUAGUUUAUCUUCAUUGUCGUCUUCAUUGGGCGUUAAGCAGAGUUUUGUUAAUGAAUGCGAUGAUAUCAAGCCGGUUCUUGAUGUUCCAUUAGAGAGACACGAGGUGAAGUUCAAGCCGGAAGAGCUAGUCGAGCGAAGGUUUGCACCAUCCACGCAAUUACUUAUGUCGUCCUAG